GUGAAUAUUUUAAUACGGUCACACUUGGCAGCUGUGUGCGUUUUGUUUACGUUUGUUAAAUCAUUGCGAAUAAGAAGUAAUUUAAACAAACGCCAAGAUGUCGUAUAUGCUGCCACAUUUACACAAUGGCUGGCAAGUUGAUCAGGCCAUAUUAUCGGAAGAAGAUCGUGUGGUGGUCAUACGCUUUGGUCACGAUUGGGACCCAGCGUGCAUGAAAAUGGACGAGGUCAUGUAUAGCAUAGCGGAAAAAGUAAAAAACUUUGCUGUCAUCUACUUAGUGGACAUAACAGAGGUGCCAGACUUUAACAAGAUGUACGAAUUGUAUGAUCCAUGCACAGUGAUGUUCUUCUUCCGCAACAAACAUAUUAUGAUUGAUUUGGGAACGGGUAACAACAACAAGAUCAACUGGCCGCUGGAGGAUAAGCAGGAAAUGAUAGACAUAGUGGAAACAGUUUAUAGAGGAGCACGCAAAGGACGUGGUCUCGUUGUUUCACCCAAGGAUUACUCCACCAAAUACAGAUACUAAGCAAUAAAGUAUUUUAAAUGAAACUGAUAAUUUUCUUUGGAGAAAAAGAUUAAGCUUAAAAUCGUUGUAUAGUCUAAUGAUACACACAAUGUAAACAAAAGUGACUUGGGCAACAUUCAUGCAAUUAGCUUAUUUGCCGUAUACUCGAAAUGAUAUAGUCCCAUUGAAUGACACUAUUUUCCACAGCUUUUGUGUAUAAGUAUUUUUCAGUUUGGUUUAUUUGUUUUCAUGUUCUUGUUUUUUUUUUGUCACAUUUCUCAUAAAUCGCUAACAUUUACAUCAA